CUGCCUCCACUACUACCUCAUACUCCCACCAGCGCUGUACCGCCGUCGACGCGAACUGCCUGCUGCUGUUCACUCCCACGCGCCGAGAGAGAGAAUCGACCCGUCCGCGCCGAAUGAGCCCCAUCCACCGCCCGCCCCCAACGAUGAACUCACACCGCACGAUCAACAGUGACCAUGCCUCGCGCAAAGAAGGUCUCAUCGGCCGAAGGAGACUCCGCUAAGCCUCAUCGUCGCAGUAGGGCUGGCUGUUGGGGCUGUAAGAAGCGGAAGAUCAAGUGCGACGAACACCACCCGCGAUGCGGUGCUUGCCAAAAGACCGGCGAGGUGUGCGACUACUCUGUGAAAUUGAACUGGGGCGGCAGAUCGAAGGCAGGAAAGGACGGCACAUCGAACGAGGGAGGUCAGAUCACCUUUGUGACUGCGCAGAGCAACGGCGGUGGCAGUGGUGGGGUCGGCGGCGGCGGCGGCAACGAACACAUCUUUUCUGCCCAGCAUAUCUCGACAGCUCCCAGUCGACCCUUCAGCAGACAUCCUGCUCCGACUCACCGCGAAAGCUCCACGAUCGAUCCCCAACUGCAGUACAGCUCCCCCUUCUCAUAUCCCCCACAGCCGCUUGCGCCGUCCAGUGGCACUCUACGCCCGUCUCCCACGCUCACCGAGCCAUCCAUCCCGACUUCUGCUUCCGCAGGCGAUGAGUUUCAUUGGUCUCCUCAGCACCAAGUCAAGCGUGUGCGACUGAGCGAUUCGUCGAUGGAACGGGACCAAGAUGGAAGUGAACGGUCGCCUGUCUCGCACCCCGCUGCUCACAGCAUUACCAGUGUCAUCAACACCCCUGCCACUCCCAGCACCGGCAUCAAUUGCGACUCCCCUCAUCCACCGCAAUCGGUAGGUCCGCACUUCCAAGAGCAGGCCUACUAUCGUAGAUUGUCUGUAAAGUCCCUGCUUUCCGAACCUACAGACCAGGUCAACCCACUCAAGCUGGUCCGUCAGGAAAGCCACUGCCACCACUUAUAUGGGUACGAUCAUGGCUUCCCGGAUCUCGAUAUACCACUCAACGAUGACUAUCAUGUCUUGCUCCCUCGGUCGACGGAUGUACGUCGUCCCAGUCUGGCCGCUUCAGAGGUCAGCACAUCGAGUGACGAGGCUGAUGCCACGCGGAUUGCCUUCGAGCCUGGCGGGUACUAUGCCCAGCCUGUACCCGUCAAGAUUCUUCGGGCGUGGGAGCCCUUGCCUGCAGAGCUACUCGGCAACCAGAUGAACUUGCUAUAUUUUCACCAUUUCAUCCACCACACGGGCCGCGCGAUGGUUCCCCAUGAUUGUCCCGAAAAUCCCUUUCGAGAUGUCCUCCCUGUCAUGGCUGUGCGUAAUACACAGCUGUUGCAUCUCCUCUUGGCCUUCUCUGCAUCUCACAGAGCCAGGCUCCUCGGCCAUGACGAGCCUGCAAAUCGCAUCGCUGGCUGGAUGUCAGACGUUCUCCCUGCGCUGCGGCAAGCUUUGGACGAGCCGUCCUCCCCCAGCAUAUCGGACGUUACUGAUAUAUCCGAACUGGCUCCGCUCGCUGCCGCCAUUAUGCUGGCAAGUCUCGAGAUCGUCACUCCCAAUACCUUUUCCAUUCGCAUCCCGUGGCAACACCAUCUGCAGAUGGCUCGUCGCCUGAUCAUAGCGAAAGGGGGCCUCCAUUACUUGGCGCAGAAAGCUAAUGGCGAUCGUUACAAAGCAAUAUUCUUUCUCUCCCGUUGGUUUGCAUAUCUUGACGUUUUUGGAAGUCUGUCCAACAGGAAUGAGCAGCCCCUCUUCGGUGCAUAUAUGGAAGACGGCAGUGGACAGUGGCUCGUCAACCGAGACAACGAGGAGAUAUACCAGAUUGACUGCUUCUUUGGAUUCUCUGGUCGAUGUAUAGCGCUGCUCGCCCAGAUCGCGGAGCUUGCAGCCAAUUGUGACAACCAGCGAAUUGAUACAGCCACGAAUCAAAUCAACGCGGCUUGGAGACCACCUGCCGAUGUCAGGCACGCUGCCGAAGAACUGAAGCAGCGGCUGGUCGCUAGUGCUCGGAUCGUGUUUCGUGGUUGCACGCACACCAGCCCGUAUCAUCUUCGUUCGCUCGAUGAAGCACAACAGGACGACAACGAUUACUCAGAAAUCUACGCCACUAACGAAGCAUUUCACUGGGCUGGCAGAAUCCACCUGGCUCGUCGAGUUCUGGCUCUGCCUUCAUCCGAUGCCGAAGUACAAGGCUGUGUUCAGAACGUUCUCAAUGUGGUAACGCAGAAGAUCCGCCCGGGCAGCUCGGCAGAGUCUUGUCUUCUGUUUCCCAUGUUCACUGCGGGAUGUGAAGCACAGCAUGAGGAUCAACGUGCGUCAUUCAUGAGCAGGAUGGAAGCGGUCGAGGGAUGGGGCAUGGGAAAUUUCGGGCAUGCACGAAGGUUGAUGCAAACAGUAUGGGACACAGGCAGGCCAUGGGAGACGCUGGUCAGCGGAGAGUUUCUCGGCUGAACUUGACGCGGGAUGGAGGCAGAGCUUCUGUGCUCAUGGUGGUCGCUGCCACGAAGUUCCUUUUGGGUGGUUUCUGCGAGGUCGCAAGGAGAGUUUGCAAGUUGUCGUACAGACAAACCUGCGCAUGGCUGCGUUAUCACCAAUCUCGAAGCAUAAACCAAUACAAGCGAGCGAGAUCCCGCCAGUGCGUGCUCCUGCCCCGAGGGUCUCAUCACACUGGCGCCGCUGUCUGGUCGAUGAAGCUUUCGACCAUGGCCUCAUUAAACCCCCCACCGCCAGCCACCAGCCAAAUGAAGUGCUGCGAUGGUUGGUAUGCCUCAUCGUCAAGGGGCGGGGGAGAGGGAUGCUUGAUUGAUCACUAGUCUCUGCUAAGAGCUACCCAAAAGGCAUCGCUUCCCAGCUUGCGUUACAAAGGACUGAGCAGCAGCCUUCUUCACUAGUCUGAUAACGACUCCACCCAACUGGUACAAUCGAGGUGCGCUCUACACGCUGAAAUUGGACUCCUUUGCAGGACAGGAGCAUUUUGACACGAGCAUCUUGGCUAGAGACAAAUCUCUCUCCCCCCCCCCCAGGUUUUUCUCUCUCUUCUGAGAAGAAUAAGAGUCGCUGACUCUACGCGGAGAAAGGAUAGCGAGACUAGUACUGAAUAUACUGAAGAUUAAUAAAG